GCAAACAUCUCCUCUGUGGACGAAGAGGAAUGCGAGAGGCCACCACCUGUGCUACACAGUGGACGGCUGGGAGGAUGUGCCCACACUUGUGAACCAGCGCAGCAAGAUGCAGCGGGGACCGAGCAGUGCUGGGCCUGGCGGUGGAAAAGGGAGGCCCCUGCCCGGGGUCCCUGUGCAGCCCGUAGGCAUCUCUGCUUCCCGGGGCACCAGCCCUCUCCCCUCCCACGGGAAGCGCUCUCUCUGGGUCCCUGGGAGGCCCUUCCUCGCUCUGGUGCUGCUGGUUUCCAUCAAGCAAGUUACAGGAUCUCUCCUUCAGGAGACUACUCGAAAGUGGAAUCAGUACAAAGAGGAAUGUCUGAGAAACUUACUCAAGAAACCUUCUGGCAUAUUUUGUAAUGGAACUUUUGAUCGAUAUGUGUGCUGGCCUCAUUCUUCUCCUGGAAAUGUCUCCGUUCCCUGCCCUUCAUACUUACCUGGAUGGAGUAAAGAGAGCUCAGGAAGGGCCUACAGACACUGCUUGGCUCGGGGGACUUGGCAGACGCUAGAGAACUCCACAGAUAUUUGGCAGGAUGAUUCCGAAUGCUCCAAGAAUCACAGCUUCAAACAAAACGUGGACCAUUAUGCUUUGCUGUCGACCUUGCAGCUGAUGUACACCGUGGGAUACUCCCUCUCUCUUAUCUCCCUCUUCCUGGCUCUCACCCUCCUCUUGCUUCUUCGAAAACUCCACUGCACACGCAACUACAUCCACAUGAACUUGUUUGCUUCUUUCAUCCUGAGAGCCCUGGCUGUCCUGGUGAAGGAUGUUGUCUUCUACAACUCUUACUCCAAGAGGCCUGACAACGAGAAUGGGUGGAUGUCCUACCUGUCAGAGAUGUCCACCUCCUGCCGCUCUGUCCAGAUUCUCCUGCACUACUUUGUGGGUGCCAAUCACUUAUGGCUGCUGGUCGAAGGCCUUUACCUCCAUGCGCUGCUGGAGCCCACCGUGUUUCCUGAAAGGCAUCUGUGGCCCAAAUACUUGCUGUUGGGUUGGGCCUUCCCUGUGCUAUUCGUUGUUCCCUGGGGUUUCGCUCGUGCACACCUGGAGAACACCGGAUGCUGGGCAACAAAUGCGAAUAAGAAAAUCUGGUGGAUCAUCCGGGGACCCAUGCUGCUUUGUGUAGCGGUCAAUUUUUUCAUCUUCCUGAAAAUUCUCAAGCUUCUCAUUUCUAAACUCAAAGCCCAUCAAAUGUGCUUCAGAGAUUAUAAAUACAGAUUGGCAAAAUCAGCGCUGGUCCUCAUUCCUUUAUUGGGUGUUCACGAGGUCCUCUUCUCUUUCAUCACCGAUGAUCAAGUCCAAGGCUUUUCAAAACUUGUACGACUGUUCAUUCAGUUGACAUUGAGCUCCUUCCAUGGAUUCCUCGUGGCCUGGCAGUACGGCUUUGCCAGUGGAGAGGUGAAGGCAGAGCUGCGGAAGCAAUGGGUCCGCUUCCUGUUAGCCGACCACUCAGGCUGCGGAGCCUGGGUCCUGGGGAAGAACUUCCGGUUCUUGGGCAAAUAUCCUAAGAAGCUCUCAGGCAGAGAUGGUGCUGAGAAGCUCGGAAAGCGGCAGCCUUCACUCAGUAAUGGGCAGUUCCUGCACCAGGCCAUGCGGGGUCUGGGGGAGCUGGGCACUCGGCCCCACCGGGGCCAGACAGCCUGGCCCCGGGGUGGUAGCCUGUCUGAGUGCAGCGAGGGGGACUUCACCCUGGCCAACACCAUGGAGGAGAUUCUGGAAGAAAGUGAGAUUUAGGCAGGUGGCUCACCUCUCUGGUUCUAUUCCAGAGGACUCCCAAGAGGGAGGGCCAAGGAAGGAGAUUGUAAAGCAGGACGUUGCUGAGCACAGAAUUAUUUUCUUCCCAUUCAUCAUGCUACUUUGACACCAAGUCUUUCUCAAGGUUCUUCAACGGCCUAUAAAAGGUGCCGUGUAGCCCUUCCAGCUUCUGCUUGCCCUUGUUAUACUAAUAACUCUCACUGAUGUAUUUUUCAGAAUGACCACCAGCCUCUAGGGCGUGGUCCUAAAUUCAAAUGAAUUUGAAUUCAAUUCAUUUCAAGUGAAAGCCCCUACUGUGGUAUACAGUAUGGUUUUCUGAAGCAUGCAGUGUAUGAUAGUCGAAGAAGACAAAGGAAGACCUGUUGUGAAGAGAGGGCCCUGUUAAACAGAAGCCAGCAGGUCUCUUUUCCUUUCCUCCUCCUCGUGGUACGCAGUUUCCUUCUGAGAUUGGGUACGGUACAUAGCAAAUACACUGGAAGCUUUUUAGGGCAAGGCUCGGACUGACACUAUCAUAAAGCAAGAUUCCGAAGGAAGAUCAAGAAUGGAACAUCCUGUGGAAACUGUGUCGAUACCCACAAGUGUCGAAUUCAUAGCGUGUAAAACGUAUGUGUGAGCGGGUCGGGUAUGUUACUGUGAGACUCAGUACUGCUUUAUCUUCCAGGACCACUACAGGUAGUCCUGCCAUACUUACCAAAUAAAAUGCAUGGUACUUGCUGACAUUUGAAUUUCUGACAAACACACUUCUAUCCAUGUAUCCCAUGGGAUGUGUUUUAUUUGAAAUUCAAAUUUAAUCAUACAUCCUGUCUUUUACUGGAAAUGCUCAUAUUUCCAAGGGUACUUUGCAGUGGAGCAAGACCAGUGAGGCACUCAUUUCUGAAAGAAGUCAGUGACCAAGAUAAAUCAUAUUAGAAUGCAAUAUAUUUUAAAAAUUCAAAUGUAUAAACUCCAGCCCACAGAGGAUUUAUAAGAAUAAAGUUCUACUGGAACCAGGAGGAGAUGAGGUUGAGGCCAGAGAGGCCGGCUCCUGCAAGUGAAAGCUGUGAUUCUGACUACCUAAAAUACUGAUUUUCACCAUGGACUUUUUAACAUUAAUUUUGAUUUUUAAAAGUUUACUU